AAUUAAACCAAAUAAUACCAUUGUACUUUUGACUUUGUGGGGCAAAAAUGCUUACGCUAUCCUUGUUGUUCUUUAUUGACAGAAUAAUUUUUUUUUUAUUUUUAGUCCAAUGAAAUUCUUAAAUAAUACUAAACCUUAGCAUCUUUUUCAUGUGAUUAAGUUUUGCCUUGUUCGCAUAAAAUAAUUUUACUAGUUACUCGAACACUUCUCUUGACCCAUCAUUCAGCUUACUAAAUUGUUAAAAGCUGUUGUUUUUUUUGAUUACAGAAUUGUUAAAAGCUGUUAAUUUUUUCUUACAGAGGCAUGUGAAGUGACAAUUGCAUCUUCUUGUUCUUUGUCCUCCUAUUCAUCUGCUUCAAGAUUUCAAAACCCCAUUUCAUAUUGAACAUAAAUGAGAUGACCCUUUUUAUUUCAGCUCAAGAUUUGCUCAUUUGAAGUUGAAAUCUGGUGCUGCUUCUACUUUUGGCUAAUGGGUAUUUGUUUUCUUGACUUGUGUUUAAGCUUUAGUUGGUGGUGUCUUCUUGUUUAUCUCAUAAAGUUUUGAUUUUUCAUUGAGUUUAGAUUAGUAUUAUACCGAUUUUUCUGUGGUUUUGAGGUAGCUUGAACUUGUAUAGAGUAUCAUUACUGAGCAUGUUUUUAUGAGAACCAGAUGUUUUAGCACAUGGAAUAGCAUAAUUUUCAGAGUAUUUGGUAUGAGUUUUAGCUAUGUAUACUUGUAGAAGUUGUGUUGAUAUGGACUAAGUAUGCAUCAUUUGUUAGAUGACGGGGUAUAUAUGCACCACUUUUUUAACGAGGGGGUAUAUCCGUUCUUAAUCGUUGAAGUUAAGGAGGGUAUAUUUGCCUCAUUUCCCUUGAGUUAAAUUGGAAAGGACCUCUAGGAUUAGCUGUGCUUGCCAGUUGGAGUGCUGAAGGUAAAAUUGGAUAAUUCUGGCAAGAGGGUGUGUUAAGAAACCAAAGGUCCACUUGAUUUGCUUUAAUGGCUUCAAUUAGAAGAGCGUUGUCCCCAGUACCUCAUCCGGGAGAUAGAACUAACGGGGAAACAUGUUUUGUUUCCUCACCUCUGUCCAAGUCCCCGUUGAGUAGCCAAAGUUAUCCACCGCCUGCAAGGCUGAUGUGUUCUUAUUUUGGUUCACUGGAUUAUGCAUUCUACAAAGUUUGGACAUCUGUACUUGGUCUUUUGUCGCAAAGAUCAUCUAGGCUUUCGGAUAGUUCAAAGUUAAAGGGCCAAAUUUGGAGGAGAGCACUUCUCCAAUUCUUUGUGUGCUUUGUUGUUGGAGCUUUUAUUGGCCUCACUCCAUUUGUUUCUCUGAAUUUGUCUCCAAAUAUAGUGUCUAAACGUCAAGCUUUCUCUGUUGAAGUCCUCCGCCCUUAUGAAAAUGACCACUUAUUUGAUGAUGUGUCUAGAAACAUGACAUCAACUUUAAAUAGUUCAGCUUUCCCGGAUAAUUCUACUUCAGAGCCUAAGUUAGUAUACAGUGAAGUGAAAGAUGAAAUUGCUGGAAAUGCCUCCGUUAACCCGUUACUUGAUCAAGAACUUAUAGAGUCCAAAAAACUUUUGAUCAUUGUGACACCAACAGAAGCCCAUUCAUUUCAAGCUUACUAUCUUAACCGCUUGGCCCACAUAUUAAAAUUAGUUCCGCCUCCUUUGUUGUGGCUAGUGGUUGAGAUGGACUCCCAAUUAAUCGAGACAGCUGAUAUAUUGAGGAGAACUGGGGUUAUGUACAGGCAUCUCGUAUGCAAGAAGAACUCAACUGAAGAAAAUGAUAAAAGUGUGCAUCUAAGGAAUAUGGCACUAACCCACAUUGAAACGCAUCGUCUUGAUGGGAUUGUUUACUUUGCAGAUGAUUCCAACCUAUAUUACCUAGAUGUCUUUGAACAAAUGAGAAAGAUCAGCCGGUUCGGGACAUGGGUUGUGGCAAGACUAGCUGAAAAUAAUAGGAAAGUUAUCUUGCAGGGUCCAAUCUGUAAUGGCUCUCAUGUUGUAGGUUGGCAUACAGAUGAAAUGGCGAAAAGAUCCCAGAGAUUUUAUGCUGAAAUAUCAGGAUUUGCAUUCAAUAGUACAGUACUUUGGGAUCCAAAGAGGUGGAACCGAUCAACAAUAGAGCCCAUUAGACAUCUUGAUAUAGUUAACGGUGGCUUCCAGGUGAGCACAUUUAUUGAACAAGUUGUGGAAGAUGAAAGCCAAAUGGAAGGCUUUCCAGUACACUGCUCAAGAAUUAUGGUAUGGCAAUUCAAUGCAGGCAAUAUUGCUGCUUGUGAAGAUGUCGAUAUAGAGAGCGCUUCUGCAGCGUAAACAAGGGAGUAAGAACUAGUUACGACUAUGAGCAUCUGCUGCAAAAUUUUAUCCGACCAUCAGCCGUGUAGAAGCAUUUAGAACUCCUCAAGAAACUGCCACUCCCGCUUUUUCCUGUUAUACGGAAACUGUACAGUUGCUGUGUUCAUCCCACUUUACACUUCGUAGUCAUCUACACAAAUGUAGAUUUGCAAGUAUCCGGCCAGUUCUGUCGACUAAAGCUUUUGACUAUACGACCAACUUAAUGGUUCAAAGGAGGAUUCAACCUCAUUGAGCUUGCAGAUUAGUUGCCAAGUCUUGUGCUUAUAUCAAGAUGUUUUACUUACCUUUACAAGAAUUGGUUGUAAUAUUUAAUGCUUUCUUGAAAGUAUAUAACUCUUGUACUAAUGUUUUACAAGAGAUUUUCUUGAUUGUUAAGAUAGAAUAUUAUGAACCAGUUCAAUUGAUGAUGAUGCAAGUAAAAUUUCAUUCUUGUCAGCUUUCAAAA